GAAGAUAUCUUGAACUCUUUGAUCUGCAAAUAUGUGGUCAAUUUUGAGCACAUGUGCACAGAAGGAAGGUAGGAGACUUAGCUUAGUAUUACGGAAGAUAUGAAGAUCAAACCAACCUUCGGAAUCACUCUCUUUUUGCUUCUUUUGUUUUUCAACAGUAUAGAAUCAAGGUAUGAACCCGGAGGACAAUGGAAAAAUGUGAUUGAAGAUCGGUCAUUACCAGUACUAUCACAAGAAAAAGAAGAUUGCUUUGAAUACAAUGAUAAGAGCAAGGACAAGCUUUUUACUAAAGAUAUUGAGCCACGACCGAGUGCCACAUUUUAUCCAAAUGAUGAUGUAAAGAAAAAGCUUUUUACUAAAGAUAUCAAGCCACGACCAACUGUCACAUUCUAUCCAAAUGAGGAUACAAAGAAAAAGCCUUUUACUAGAGAUAUUGAGCCACGACCAAGAGUCACAUUCUAUCCAAAUGAUGAUACAGAUAAAAAGCUUUUUACUAAAGAUAUUGAGCCACGACCGAGUGUCACAUUCUAUCCAAAUGAUGAUGUAGAGAAAAAGCUUUUUACUAAAGAUAUUGAGCCACGACCAACUGUCACAUUCUAUCCAAAUGAGGAUACAAAGAAAAAGCCUUUUACUAGUGAUAUUGAGCCACGACCAAGCGUCACAUUCUAUCCAAAUGGUGAUGCAAAUAAAAAGCUUUUUACUAAAGAUAUUGAACCACGACCGAGUGUCACAUUCUAUCCAAAUGAUGGUGUAGAGAAAAAGUUUUUUACUAAAGAUAUCGAGCCACGACCAACUGUCACAUUCUAUCCAACUUAUGAUGCAAAGAAAAAGAUUUUUAGUAAAGAUAUUGAGCCAAAACCAAGUACCACAUUCUAUGCAAAAGAAAAAGCUUUUUACUAAAGAUAUUGAGUCACGAUCAAGUACUACGUUCUAUCCAGACGAUGAUACCAAGAACAAGCUUUUUACGAAAGAUAUUGAACCAUAGCCAAGUACCACAUUCUAUCUGGUAUCUCAAAUAAUUACGGUAAGAACAACUUUUUUAGGAAAGAUAAGUAAUCCUUUGGUUAUAUGACCAACUAGUAUGUGUGGUUUGUAAUUUACAUUUCUGUUGAAUAUUGUGGAGUGUGACUUGUAAAAUAAAAAAGAAAUAAAUUGUGGAAAAGAAUAAUUAGGAGUAGAAAGCCAUCUGAUGAGAUGAUUUGCUUGUACUUCCCUUUAUGUCAAAGUCAAAUACAGUGCAGUUGGAUUAUUAUUAGAAA